UCCGGCGCCCCUCGGCCCAUCGGCGGAGCAGCACCGCGGAGCCGCCGCUGGAGCCUGCUGCGAUGCUCUCCGGACUGCCGACUGCAAGCAGCUUGCGUGGUCCCUCUGCGAGAUGAAGCACGCUCCGGCAUCCCCGCUGGGUGAGCCUGUGGAAGUCCUGGCUCGGCUGUUUCAGCUGUCUGCGGUGAUCUUUGGGCUUGUGUCUCCCUGCUCCCGCCCCUGAGCGGUGCUUACAGCAGCCCAUGGAUCCCGGCAGCUGCGCCUCUGGGGAUGUUCUCCUUUGAGCUCCAAGCAGCAGCAGCAGCACUCGACCUGGACCGACCCACGGGGGUGUAUUUCGGAGCUGUUGGGAAGAAGCUCUGCUCUUCGGAGCUUCCCUGGAGCAGAUGAGCGAGAAGGUGAUGAACGGGGUGCCCCUGCCUGAGAAGGCUUUGUCCGAGGGCUACGCGCGGCUGCGCUACAGGGACACCUCCCUGCUCAUCUGGCAGCAGCAGCAGCAGAAGCUGGAGUCGGCUCCCCCCAACACCUACCUGAGCAGGAGCCGGAGCAUGUGGUACUCCCAGUACGGCAACGAAGCCAUCCUGGUGCGGGACAAAAACAAGCUGGACGUGCCCAGGGACACAGGGCAGUCCAAGUUUUGUGCUAUUAUGUGAUUUGUUUGGGGUGGGGGGGAAGAAUUGUUUGGCAGCAGAAAGCCACACAGAGGGACAAACCUCCUCCCCAAACCAGCCAACCAACCAGACUGGCAUCAGGCUGGGGAGGGGGGGAAUAGAUUUGUACCAUCCUCAGGACAGACCUCAAGCCACACGUAGGGGAUAGGCCAGAAGGGCUGUCUGGAGUUUGUGCGUGUCUGGUUUUGGUGGUGGUAGCAUCUUUGCUUGUCACUGAGUGUGUGUGGGACAAAAGCAGUCUCCCUCCGGAGCUCCUGAGCUCGUGUUUGUCCCCUGGCAGCUUGGCAGUGUCCAUGCUGGACCAGGUGUUGCUUGUAAGUGGUUCCCGUGCCAUGAGCAGCACCUGCUGUCCUUUGGAAGCAGUCCCCAGCAGCACUUUGCCUCAGCUGGUGGGAGAGAGGUGAGUGCCAAUCCACUUCCAGCAAGGCUAGGAAGGUGAUCAGCAAAACUACCCAGCCACAAGGUGUGCUGCUUCCCCUGCCUCCCUUUCAUUGCUGCCCUGGAAGUUGUCCCUUAGCCACCAGCUAAGGAAGUGGUUUCUUGUGGGGGGGAUGGAGAAUUCCACCUGAGCCUUCUCGAGGGCUGGCAGGAAAGGUGAGCUGUGGUUUCAUCCCGUGCAAAGCCUUCUCUGGUGCCACACUUGGGCAAUAACAGAACUUCCAGAGCUGGUGGAGCCUGAACUUCCCUCAGGCAGGUGAUUCCCCAGCCCAGGCUUUGGGAGUGGAUCACCAAGGGAACCAUCUGGAAGGGAGAGCAGCAGGAAGCAAGCUGCUGUACAUACACACAGCUAAGGGACGAGAGGUCCUGCCUCUAGAGAUGGGUUAGAGAAGGAAGCAAUCAACUGAUGUCUGCUUGCAUCUUGAGUUGUUAAUGCAUGCAGUAGCUUGGAAGGGUUUGUCUUCACCUGGGGUCGGGUAGUAGAUUUGGUGCAUGCAUUUUAGGAGUGUCUGGGAGUGUUUGUUUCAAGUAACUGAAGGAUUAGAGGAGGGAAAAAUAACCACAGCUGCACUGCUGGGGAACAGAAGCUGCUGUCAGGUUGUUUCCUGACUUGCUCAGGGCAUGAUGAAACCCAAACCCAGCAAGCAUCUAAACCUGUAUUAAGAACAGAGCAGUGCCACUUCCAGGGGUAUUUAUUAUGUGCCCAAGGGUUGGUGUUAAAGUACAACCCUGGGCUCAGCUUACAGACCCUUUUAUGCCCUGCUGAGGCCAUCCCCCACUGCCCUGCUUGCCUCACCCAGCAGCACUUAGAGGCUUAACCUCCAGCAAACCACUGUUUGGUGUUGCCUUCAGCAUGGAUUAUUUGCCUGCCUAAGAUGAGGCACAGUCAUUGGUUCUGUUCUAUUUAUCUCCAACCUCUUUGGCAUUUUCCAAGCACUUUAUUUUGUUCAGCACCGUGAAGCAGCAGCAGCAGCAGCAGCAGCUCCUCCUCCUCCACCACCUCUCCCUUGCAGGUCAAAUACACCACACACACACCCUCCACCCCAGUUUGCUGCACACAGCUCCUCUCCUGGCAGCUGGCAGGGGUUUGCUGUGCUCAGCUGCCUUGCUGCAUUGUUUUCCAAGUGCUGUUCGUGCACGUGGUGAUGUUUGGUACCCUCUGUGUGUGUGCUCUUAAAACUAAACCUGCUGGACUUGUGCUUUGCAGGCUUGUGUGUUGCUCUGCACGCUCACAAAGUCCUCUUGUUCUUGCCAGGAGUAGCUUUGGAUGGGAAAUCGUUUGGGGGGGGGGGAGAUGGAUGAUGGUGGGGGGAAAAGUGGAAAGCAUUUGAUGAGAUGGGUAAAACUGGUAAGACUCAGAGGGCUGCUGGCAGUGGUGCUCCUGUACUGAGUGUGUUGGGUAAGGGAUGUGGGACUCAGGCAAAGCUCCAGAUUUUGGCCAGGGGGUAAUGGUUUGUCUGUUCUGGGCCAGGUGGUGAUGGGUCUUUUUGUUCCUGGUCAGGGGGUGAUGGUUUAUCUGUUCCUGGUCAGGGGGUGAUGGUUUGUCUGUUCCUGGUCAGGGGGUGAUGGUUUGUCUGUUCCUGGUCAGGGGGUGAUGGUUUGUCUGUUCCUGGUCAGGGGGUGAUGGUCUUUUUGUUCCUGUCCAGGGGGUGAUGGUUUGUCUGUUCCUGUCCAGGGGUGAUGGUUUAUCUGUUCCUGGUCAGGGGGUGAUGGUUUAUCUGUUCUGGGCCAGGUGGUGAUGGUUUAUCUGAGUGGGCAAGAGGCUGGUCCCACAGCUGCCCUAGAGCCUGCAGGUUGGAAGCAACCUGGAGAGGCAGCCGGAGUGGGUCAGGGCCCACCCAGCAGCCCAGGGCAGGAUGUGAACUCCAGGAGUUUAAGGAACAGCCCUCCCCAAGGCUAGCUGUUCGUUUUCUUUUCUUAUAGAAAAAGAAGAGCCCAAUCCCCCCCAGGUUCAUUGAAGUUUGUUUGAGUGUGUGUGUUUGGUUGAUUUAUUUAUUUUGAGCUGAACCAGCCUCUCUGUGUUUCUGUGGCUGGCAAACCAAACCUCAGCUUUUAUGUACAGAGCCUUUCUUGGGCUAUGCAAGAAUGAAAACUGAGAGGCUGCACAGGAGAUGUCUUCCAGGAGUGAGGCUGGACACGAGAGAAGGUGGAGAGUGUGACUUGUUUCUCCCAUCUCUGUGAACGUGACCCUCUUUAUUUUCCACCUCUGUGUCCUCCUUAGUCACAGCAGGUUUGUGGAGUGGCUGCUCCGAGUGCUUCUGUGAGCUGGUUGUGUGGGGCUGCUGCACUUGCCCCAGAUGCUUGUUUGUAGCCUCCACAGUGUAUUAAAAUCGUUUGAAGGCA